AUGGCAGAGAGUGCUGUAAGGUUUCUUCUUGGCAAACUCGAUCGUUUGCUUCAGGAAGAGCUGAAACUCUUGGGACAGGAGUUCCAGAGUGAUUUCAGGUACAUCAAAGAUGAAUUGGAGACUAUGCAAGCUGUCUUAAGAGAUGCCAAUGCAUGGGAAGAAACCCAUAAAACAGAUAAAAGCUUGGAGAGUGUCGUCCAUGACACAGAAGAUGUUGUCGACAAGUUUGUGGUCCGUGUUGCAGAACAAGAAGGAUUACAUGGUCACUUCCGUCGCCUUCAUAAAAUCACCCAUUUCAUCAAGCACCUGAGAACGCGCCGCCGAAUUGCCACUACGAUUCUUGAGAUUAAAACCACGGUUCGUGAUAUCUCAAAAAGACGAAAAAGGUAUAAAUUGGGGAGCGCUCAAACACAGGCCCCAUGUUCAAAUUCUACUUGUGAGCAUGAUGACACAUUGCUCCAGCCGGUGUUAUUAACAGGAGUAUGCAUUACAGUGAUACCAAAGGCUGUACAGUGUGUGUGGUGA